GUGAUGCAACACACAGCGCCACCAUAUUUGGUAGAAGCGUCUUUUUGUCGUCGUUAAAAACAGACAAAAUCAGUAAAAUGCGGUUAACGGGACGGUUCUGUAGGUUGUGGAUUAUAAAGAGGACACGGAAACCUUUAGGGGAUGAAAGUGUAAUAAAGAAGAAGAAAAAUAAACUGUGCGGUUUGAUUCAGGAAGACACUGGAGGAUAAUCUGUCUUCGAGAGAAACAGAGACUUCAGAAAGCUUCAACAGGAAGUUCACUAGGUGGAGUAUUGAGUCGUUGGACAGGAGCUCUGAGGUCGGCUUUGGGAAACUCUUCAUUGUGUGCUGGAGUUUUGUAUCGGACCGAGUGGCGGAUGUCAGCCAUGUCACAAAACAUCACCAAAUUUUGUGAUGAAAUUAAAUUUGGUAAUAAAUUCAACUACACCUCAGGUCACUCGUACAGCACAGACUGUGAGCCGACAUGGUACGCACAGAAUGGGACGUCCAUCGGUGAUGAAAUGUCAUUGGUUCUGGAUACCUGCCUGUUGUUGGUUCAGCUUGUUAUAAGGUGCCUCAGGUCACAAAACAAGUACGAGUACGUCUUCCAAGUUACUAACCGCAUCACAUCUAUUGGCGUAACAGAAUCUACCAAAACAGAUGAUCAUAGUAACAACUAUCUGUGGCUGCUCUUUCUUCUGGUUCUUCUGGUUCCUCUGGUUGCUCUGAUUGCUCUGAUUGUGUAUUUGGUUCGGCGCAAAAGAAAACAAAAUUACAGCCUGAAACGUGAUGUUGAAAAUGCUGCAAAAGAGGAGGUUCAGGCACUGAACGAAGAUGCCAAUGGCAGCCCGAAACGUGAUGGCGGUAAUGAAGACGAUCCGAACGGUAAUGCUGUGACGAUCCCAAUGAACUCCAUCAAACCACAGAAUGAAGAGGAAGAUGAAGCUCCACACAGUCAUGCACUCGUGAAUGGACAUGUGCACAUGACACAUGGAUAGAUAUGUGAGGAUUACGUAGAGAAAUGUUGAUGAUCUUUUUCAUACAAAAUCAAAAAAACAAGCUUUACUACAUUUUUCUCCUCAUAAUUUAUUUAUUUAAGAAGAAAAACUGACAUCUGAGCAUCCUAGAGUUUGGAGACUCAGGAGUUUCUGUAUGUGUCUGUAUGACAUGAUACUCAGUUAAACACCCAAACCAGAUGGACAACUACUUUACACUCACUAGAGAGUACAGGCAGCAUUAAACUUUAAAAAAUGCCCUAAUAAUGUGAGCGGUUCUAUGUGCCAAUAUGCAAAUAUUUUAAACAAAUUGUAAUAAAUCUAUUUAUUAUGUAUUACAGAUUGUAUAUUAUUCCACCAGCUGGUGCUUUUGCACAAAGAAACAAAUGCAGUAAAAAAAAGAAACUGAACCUGUUACAGAGCUGCCUGAUGUAUUUACGUAUUUAAACAUUCACGUAUUUUACCAUAUUGAAUGUAAUUACUGUGUUCUAAUUCUUUAUAUUUUAACGGAAUGAGAGAGGCAGUAUUUUAUUUUUUCCAUACGUGCCUGGUGGUUUCUGUGAAAUUAUGCAUUAAUGUGCUGUAUUUUGAUCAUGGCUAUUUUGCCUGUUCAUGAUCUCCUGGACCAAUUCCCUGUAUUCCAUAAACUGUAUUUCUGUGACACUCCAGUUUCUGUGACCAAGUUUUCACUCCAUUUUUAUUUCUCCUGAAUGUAGCUUUCAGUUUAUAUGUUUAUAUGUAUUUGUGUGUAUGUAGGUGUGCUUUAGUAAUAAUGUUAGUGCAGUAAAUAUAUCAUUAAUCAAAUCACUGCAGCAUUCAAACCUUUGCACUUCAUGUAAAUAAAAAAUCCACGUUUUAUAUGUAUAUUUAUUUUCACAUAUAUCAAUAAAAGUAAAUAAAGCAAA